AUGGCCCCCAAGAAGCAGAGAUGCACCGCCGCCAACUGCAAGGAGCCCGCACAGAGGAUUGUCGGUGACUGUGGCUUCUGCGACGGCCACUUCUGCGGCAAGCACCGCCUGCUAGAGGACCACAGGUGCGAAGGUCUCGAGGACUGCAAAAAGGAGGCACACGAGCAGAACGCAGCACAGUUGAACAAGGAGCGCACACAGGUCGUCAGGAUAUAG